CUACAGUAAUCCUGACAAACAUAGUGCUGGCAAAUAGAGGAGUGGAUAUAUCACAAAGAUAUUGGUACCAAUACAACAUCAAUAUUUCGACAGCAUAAAACGACAACGUUUGUUUCAUUUUCUCCCAGGCAAUAGUAACACAGGGAAUAACAGGAUGGAAAGAUUGUUUGUCAUCGUUCUGUUUGUUGCUAUGGCAACCAUUACGACGGCAGCUCCUGUUAACCAGAGCACAAGUGUGGAAGUUAAAGAACCACCGCAGAACAUGUCAAGCGGCCAAAUAGACACGAUAGAGGGACCGAAAGAAGUAUCGAGUGGUGAAGGAGAGGAACCGAAACCGGUAUCGAGUGGUGAACAGGGGGAAUCAGAAGAAGUAUCGAGCGGUGAAAAGGAGGAACCGAAAGAAGUGUCGAGUGGUGAACAGGGGGAACCAGAAGAAGUAUCGAGCGGUGAAAAGGAGGAACCGAAAGAAGUAUCGAGUGGUGAAGGAGAGGAACCGAAACCGGUAUCGAGUGGUGAACAGGAGGAACCGAAAGAAAUACCGAGUGGUGAAGAAGAUCCGUCGAAAGAAGUAUCGAGUGGCGAAGAAGAAAAACCGCAAGAAAUAUCGAGCAAUGAAGAAGGGGAGCCGAAAGAAGUAUCGAGCGAUGAAAAAGAAGAAGAGCCGAAAGAAGUAUCGAGUGGUGAAGAAAAACCGAAAGAAAUGUCGAGCAAUGAAGAAGAUGCGUCGAAAGAAGUAUCGAGUGGCGAAGAAGAAAAACCGCAAGAAAUAUCGAGCAAUGAAGAAGGGGAGCCGAGAGAAGUAUCGAGCGGUGAAAAAGAAGAAGAGCCGAAAGAAGUAUCGAGUGGUGAAGAAGAAAAACCGAAAGAAAUGUCGAGCAAUGAAGAAUACGCAUUGAAAGAAGUAUCGAGCGGUGAAGAAGAUGCAUCAAAAGAGGUAUCGAGUGGUGAAGAAGAUAAAGCGAAAGAAAUAUCGAGCGGAAAUGAAGAUGGAGCAAAGGAAAUAUCCAAUGAUGAAGGGUGGGUUUCGGAAGAGGUAUCGAGUGGGGAGAAAGGGGAACCGAAUGAAAUAUCGAGCGGUGAAGAACGGGAACCGAAUGAAAUAUCGAGCGGUGAGGGGAACAUCAUUAAAGACAAUGACAAAGGAGAUGACGACACUGAUGAUGACGAUGAUGACGACGAUACCGAUGAUGAUGACAAUGAAACUGAUGAUGAUGAUGAUGACGAUGAUAAUGAUGAUGAUUAGGAUAAUUAGGAUGACGGUAAUGAAGAUUAAGGCAAAUCAUCAUGUAUGUAGGGCUUUGCCCCCAAAAUGGAUAAAAAAUGUACCUCUGUAGUACAAGAAAAAAAAUGCUGGAUAAAUGGAGGUGCCUGAAAGAGAACUUUUUAUUUUUGUCCCUUAACGAUGAGAGGUUAAUCAUGGGAAGUACUUUAAAAAAAUGUUAGUACAAAAUAAAACCGAUUACAUUAUACGAGAAUAUCGAUACAGUAAGUGCUUGUCAAGAUAUAUGAUUCAAUUUUUAAUUCACUCGAUUUAUUUAUUGAUUUGUAAUUAUUUUGUUUCGAUUUUUAAUUAAUGAAUUGUAAAUCUAUAUUCGCAUUUUCGCUUUGCUUUCAAUGUUCAUCGCUUAUUUGAGUAUAUUGUCAUGACAUUUGGCGAAUCAUUGUUUCCGAAAUGAAGACUCGAAUUGAUAUUCCAAUUCAUGUCUGAUUUGAUUUAUUAUGAUCGUUAUACCUCCCAUUGUAUUAAAUUUGACGGAAGCAUGCAUUGUUGAACUCAAUACACGUUUUUAUGACAAUGUUUCACUCAGCGAUGCAAGUCAGAGGACGUCUGAAAUUGAAUUGAAAUUCUAGUGUUAUUAUAUAUGUGUACCCUUUUUCGAGAAAAUGUUUUGUGUUACAUUACACACUAUUGUUGAUACAAAUUCGUAUCUUUUUUAAUGAUAAAAAAUGAUUGCAACUACCUGAA